CUUGUCACAGUAAACUAUGAGGAGAAUUACAAUGGGAGAAUAUAGAGCAGGUUUUCUGAAACUGGCUUGUAUCUGGAUGGCGAUUCUGAUGCACAGCUUGGAUGCACAACUUGCACCAAAGAAACAUGCUGCAGGUGCAUCGUGCAGUCCCAAACACCUGACAGCCCUGACCGAAAGCUUGGUCAAUGAAAGCUUGAGAUGCUUUGAUGAAGCCAAUGGAAAACACCUUGGUAUGUGGUUACCUGGCUUCCCUGAGCUCCACGUCCAGAAGAGCUUACCUCCUAAUUGGACAAAAGUUCAUUGCAGCUUGCGCUUCAUGCAUGAAGGUCUAAAUGACAUCUUGGAGGACCAGAAAAACAACCUGAAUCCUCAAAACGUUUCACUUCACAAGAAGCUAGAGGAAACCAUUGCCAGGAUUAAAAUGCUUGCAAAUUGUAUAAACAUCAUCUUUAAAAGUACAUGUCCCUCAAAGCCAUCACCACCUAAAAUGCCUAAACAAGUAUUUGAGAGGAAACAGUGGAGUCAUACCCUGCUAAAGGCAGCCGGGGAUUACCUGGUAUGGCUGGAGCAAAUGUUUGUUUCAUAUGUUAAAGGAACAAAAAUGGGGAAAGGUAAAGUAACAAAGACCCAGCCUCAUAAGUACCUGGAGGGGAGUGGAUACCUGCUCUGAUUAUGAACAAGUUUAGCUGAGUUUGUGGUGAAAAUGCGGUUAUAGUUUGUGGCAGCUUUUCUUUAGCCCCCCCACCCCCGUCCAAGACUUUUAAAUGCUACUUUUUCAUGCAUUCAGUAUGCUGUUAUGCAUUAAGGAUCUUUACAGUGUCUCUCUCUAUAAUAUAUCUGAUAUUUCAGUACAAACAUAACAACCGACAUGGUUAAAACAGCCAAAGAGGGUUUUUUUUUUAUAAAAUUUAUGAAGGGUGUACUUUGAUAUUUUGGAAAAUUGAGCUGUUCUUAUUAUUUUAAAUGAGAAAGUACAUGCAAAUGUCUAAUCGACAACAUAAGUAAGGCACAACUGGGGAAGCAAUUAUCCAAGCUUAAACCUGACAGACAAAAAAAAGGUGAAAAUCGCUGCUUUUGUCUGCUAUCACCCAAAUCCACCAAUCGGCACCUCUUAACAAAUGUAAACCCCAGUACUGCUGCGCUAACAGCUGGAUCUUUUUCUAGCUGGCUGCUAUUUGACGCUUCACAUUUGAUAUCACAGGUGUGAAUGAUAACAACCAUCUCAACAAAUUCUAAUAAAGCAAAUAUCUCCGUUUACCAAAACGUCAUGUUGCUACCAUAAAAGCGUUAUCGGAAAUGUCUUUGUUCCAAACCUGAUAGCUCAAAGCAAUCAACAUGUUCCCUUGUGGCAGUAAUUAAUCAACUUGCCAACCAGGAAAAUGAGAAAUGGCUCUAAUACAUCUCCUAAUUAUGACAGUUUGUUUUCCUCAGCCUUCACGUUGAUUAAUUGUUUUGCUCUGACCAACUAUCCCAUGUGUGGGGGCUACAUUGCCUGAGGUAGAAAGAAACAGAUAGCAAUAACUUACAGAGAGCUAUUAGUUUGGACUCCACAUAAAAAACAAUCAAGUUAUAUUAAAUGUUUCUAUAUUUUCAAGAACUUUUAAUCAAAUUUUGAUUUUUUUUUUUUACUGUUAUUUAUACUGAAAUUCCUUGCAUUAUCUUUCUUUUCUGUGGAACUUAUAUUUAUUCACCAUAACUAUUAAUUUUUAAA